AAAAAGUAUAAGCACUCCCAGAUGCAUUAUAGUACUUUCCGAGUUUAAGAGGGGUCAACGAUAGUCUGAGACUGGAUUUCGGAUCUGUUACUACUCUUCUCUAAUGGCGGAUGCAAAAUGAUUCUAAUCGAAGCUGUUUAUAACAAAGUAUAGAUAGAAGAAACGGCUGUACAGAAAGAAACUUGUUAAUCUGCCGGAUUUUUCCAAGGUUUGAAACGUCAAAAUGGCUGGCAACAUAGUUCAAGUAGUUGCUGCGGCAGUCCAAGCUGUUGCUAAUGUGGGUGAUGCUGGUGCAAGUUUGGGGAGCCUAGCAACCACGGCAGUUAAUGCUAAACCAGCAUUGAAAAACAGUCAUUCGCGUAUGGUAGCAAAGAUGAUUAACCUACAUAAAAUCAGACGUAGCGUAGAAGAUCAUUUCCGGAUAUAUUGGUUUCCACGGAAGCGCGUUGAUUUGUGGUUAAGUGAGGUGGAAAGAAUUGAACUUCAAGUAAUGGAGCUGAAAGACAAGUUUUCAGAAUUCGAUCAAACUUGGGGUAUUCAUCCAUACGCAGCUUUGACCGAGGAAAUUAAUGUAAUGUGCACAGAAAUAGACGAAGUUCUCAGAGAGGGAAAAAAAAUGGAGGACGACUUGGUAAAACCAGAAACAAGGCGUAUUGUUGAGUUGGCUACACCAAUCAGUAUUGCGAAUGUUUCACCACUCAAUGAGAAACUAGAGCAACUAUUAGAGUAUCUGAAAGAUCAAAGUUACGAUACAAUCAGAGUGCAUGGUGUCGCAGGAACAGGGAAAAGGGUACUAAUCCAGCAUGUGAACAAUCAUGAAGCAAUCGCUAAUAAAAUGUUUGACAUUGUUCUUUGGCUGCCAGCUUCGGAUUACGAAAAUCAUGACAAUGAUUAUAGCAGAGAGGUUCGUGUUCAACAUAUUAUUGCUAGAAGAUUAGGAUUGGAUCUUGGAGAUAUCACAGAUGUCAAUGUCUUAGCAUCCAAAAUACGCGGAGAGUUGGAUGGUGCAAAAUAUAUGUUGUUAUUGGAUGAUCUGAAGUCAAAUAUUGAACUUGAGACUAUAGGUAUACCAAGGAAUAAAAAUGGUAGCAAAGUAGUCUUCACAACAUACUUACGACAUGUGUUUCCAUUUGGUCCCUUGACUCGAUCAACUCAAUUCUUCAAUAUAGAAAUAAAAAAGUUAAGUGAGGCUGAUUCAUGGCAAAUGUUUGAAGAUAUUUUGAUUAACGAGAAUGAUACAAUACAACAACAUGAGAUUGGAACUAUUGCUCGCAAAGUAGUUAAAUGGUGUGAUGGUCUUUUCUCUCUCAUUUACAUAGUAGCACAAAACUUCAAAUCAAAAAGAUCCCCGCAAAAUUGGAGCGAUGGAUUGCAGAUGUUAAGAAGGCCAGCUAAAAUGGGAGACAUAUAUAAGAAAGCCUUGGAAAGUUUCUUGAACUUCAGCUAUGGUGGCCUAGAAGAAAACCAAAAGCUUUGCUUUCUCUUUACUGUUUUAUAUCCAGAAGGCAGCAAAAUUCCUAUAGAUUGCUUAUUUGAUUGUUGGACAACUCAUAAAUUUCUUGUACACGGAGCUCCCGAGAGUUCAAGAUGUUCGAAUAAGCAAUAUGUUACCAUUGACAAAGUCUUUAGGACAGCAGCAAUGGAACUUUUGCAAGAACGUAAUCAAUACAAAUAUCUAGUAGCAGAAGAAGCACUUGAAAAGCUAAAAAAUGAUAAUUGCAAAGAUACACAUUGGAUCUCGUUAAGUGGUAGUGAAAUUGAUGAUUUACCUGAUGAGGUAGAUUGUCCAGAGCUUACAACACUUUUCCUACAAAAAAAUUCAAAGCCGGAAACCAUUUCGAGUUCAUUUUUUAAGAAAAUGAAGGAUUUGAUUAUUUUGGACCUGUACAAGACAGGAUCUGAAAUGAUGAUCCCUAUGAGCGACUUGCAAAAGCUUAAAGUGCUUUAUGUAAAUGGUUCUGCUAUGUUAAAAAAGCUCCCUUUCAAAAUCGAGGGUCUUGAUCAUAUGCUUGAAGUUCUUGAUAUACGUGAUUGUAUAAUGAACGAGCUACCACGAGAUAUCAAAAAGUUAAAGCAUUUGAGGCGAUUGAUGGUGUCUAUCAAUGGAGGUGGGACUCUUCAUCCUAUUAUAUGUGAACUCUCUUCGUUGAAGGAAUUGAUCUUUAGAUGUGAAAUCAGAUGUCCACAUAAAUAA